AUGUCGGAGCGCAGCCGUUCGCCGGCCGAGCGUGGGAGGUCCUCUCUGCAAUCGGCCGGGAUGGACUUGGAGGGCUCCAAGGUGCUGGUGACCGGCGGCUCCCGUGGCAUUGGCCUGGCAGCGGCAGAGCUCCUGCUAUCUUUAGGGGCGGAAGUGGCAAUCUGCGCACGAGGAGCCGAAGACCUGGAGGCAGCUCGAAAGAAAAUGCCGCGGAGAGAGAGCUGCCACACGAUUGUGGCGGAUCUUUCUUCCCAAGCUGGAAUCAAGGCUUUGGUUGAGAAACUUCCAUGGUCAGAGCUGGAUGUCCUCGUCAACAAUUGCGGCACGAACAUACGGAAGAAAGCAGAGGAUUUUCAGGAGGAGGACUUCAACAAGGUUUUCAGCACAAAUUUCAUGAGCUGUAUGUGGCUCACCCAGGCAGUGUUGCCUUUGCUGCAGAAGGCCAGCGAGUCGAGCAGGUCCUCGGGAAAGCGCAGUGGUGCGUCUGUGGUGAACCUGUCCUCUGUUGCCGGGUGCUGCCAUAUCCCAUCUGGCUUCCCGUAUGCUGCUUCCAAGGCUGCUAUGGACCAGAUGACGCGAAAUCUUGCGGUGGAAUGGGCACGCUUUGGAAUCCGCGUCAAUUCUGUGGCGCCGGGUGUCAUCGAAACUCCUCUCAUCCAGACUGCUAGCCCUGUUUACGUUCGUGACUUCACGAAUCUGAAGCCGAUGAAACGUGUGGGACAGGCCAAAGAGGUCGCACGACCAAUCGCCUUCUUAGCUAGUGACGCAUCCUCGUUUGUCACAGGACAGACUUUGUAUGUAGAUGGUGGCUUCACGGCUGCAGGCUUCAAUCAGAUCCCUGGCUAUUGGGAGAACGCAUGA